AUGUUUUGCCAUUUGACGUUCAUAAAUAAUGAAGACAAAUGGCAAUGUGAUGAGAAAGACGGCAUAUCUAUCUAUCUAUCUAUCUAUCUAUCUAUCUAUCUAUCUAUCUCACUCUAUUCAUAUCUAUCUAUCUAUCGAUCUAUCUAUCCCAGUCUUUUGUUAUCUAUCUAUCUCUCUAUCUAUCUAACUAUCUAUCUAUCUAUCCCAGUCUUUUGUUAUCUAUCUAUCUAUCAAUCUAUCUAUCUAUCUAUCCCAGCCUUUUGUUAUCUAUCAAUCUAUCUAUCUGUCUGUUUUUCCCUCUCUAUCUAUCUAUCUAUCCCAGUCUUUUGCUAUCUAUCUAUCUAUCAAUCUAUCUAUCUAUCUAUCGCAGUCUGUCCAUUAUCGAUCUAUCUAUCUACCUAUCUCAGUCUUUUGUUAUCUAUCUAUCUAUCUAUCUAUCUAUCCCAGCCUUUUGUUAUCUAUCAAUCUGUCACUUUUUCCCUAUCUAUCUAUCUAUCUAACUAUCUAUCUAUCUAUCUAUCUAUCUAUCUAUCUAUCCCAGUCUUUUGUUAUCUAUCUAUCUAUCUAUCUAUCUAUCUAUCUAUCUAUCUAUCUGUCUGCCUUUUGUUAUCUAUCUAUCUAUCUAUCUAUCUAUCUAUCUAUCUAUCUAUCUAUCUAUCUUCUAUUUCUACCUUCUUUCUUUUCUUUCCCUCCCUCUCUCCCUCUCUAUCUCCCUUCCCCUCUCACUCAGUACCUAUCUCCCUUCCCCUCUCUCUCACACUCUAUCUCCCGUCUCCUCUCUCUCUCACUCUCUAUCUCCCUUCCCCUCUCUAUCUCAUUCUCUAUCUCCCUUCCCCUCUCACUCACUCCCUCUAUCUCCCUUCCCCUCACUCUCACACUCUCUCCCUUCCCCUCACUCUCACCUCUAUCCCUUCCCUCUCUCUCUCCUCUCUAUCUCCCCCCUCUCUCUCCUCUCUAUCUCCCUUCACCUCUCUCUCAUUCUCUAUCUCCCUUCACCUCUCUCUCUCCUCUCUAUCUCCUUCCCCUCUCAAUCCUCCCUAUCUCCCUUCCCCUCACUCUCACACUCUAUCUCCCUUCCCCUCUCUCUCUCACUCUCUAUCUCCCUUCCCCUCUCUCUCUCUAUCUCCCUUCCCCUCUCUCUCACUCUCUAUCUCCCUUCACCUCUGUCUCAUUCUCUAUCUCUCUUCACCUCACUUUCUCACUCUCUAUCUCCCUUCCCCUCUCUCUAUCCUCUCUAUCUCCCUCCCCUCUCUCUCUCUCCUCUCUCUCCCCUUCCCCUCUCUCCUCUCUAUCUCCCUUUCCCUCCCUCUCUCUCCUCUCUAUCUACCUUCCCCCCUCUCUCUCCUCUCUAUCCCCCCCAAAAAAAAAUUAUUUAAAAAACUUAUUUCAAAAUCCCUUGUGGGUGAUGAAUUAUUCUCCACCCUCCAACCUCUCUCUCUCUCUCUCUCUCUCUCUCUCUCUCUCUCUCUCUCUCUCUCUCACGGGCGGGGUGUGGCAAGCCUUUCGCUGCUCUAUCGCUACUUCCACGAUACCAAAACACGCCUGUUCACAUCUAUCUAUCUAUCUAUCUAUCUAUCUAUCUAUCUAUCUAUCUCAGUCUGUUCAUUAUCUAUCUAUCUAGCUAGCUAUCUGUCUGUUCAUUAUCUAUCUAUCUAUCUAUCUCAGUCUCUUCAUUAUCAAUCUAUCUAUCUCAGUCACUUCAUUAUCUAUCUAUCUAUCUAUCUAUCUAUCUAUCUAUCUAUCUAUCUAUCUAUCUCAGUCUCUUCAUUAUCUACCUAUCUAUCUUCUAUCUAUCUCAGUCUCUUCAUUAUCGAUCUAUCUAUCUAUCUAUCUAUCUAUCUAUCUAUCUAUCUCAGUCUGUUCAUUAUCUAUCUAUCUAUCUAUCUAUCUAUCUAUCUAUCUAUAUCAGUCUGUUUAUUAUCUAUCUAUCUAUCUAUCUCAGUCUGUUCAUUAUCUAUCUAUCUAUAUAUAUAUAUAUAUAUAUCUCAGUCUGUUCAUUAUCUAUCUAUCUAUCUAUCUAUCUAUCUAUCUAUAUCAGUCUGUUUAUUAUCUAUCUAUCUAUCUAUCUCAGUCUGUUCAUUAUCUAUCUAUCUAUAUAUAUAUAUCUAUCUCACUCAUUAUCUAUCUAUCUAUCUAUCUAUCUAUCUAUCUAUCUAUCUAUCUCAGUCUGUUCAUUAUCUAUCUAUCUAUCUAUCUAUCUAUCUAUAUCAGUCUGUUUAUUAUCUAUCUAUCUAUCUAUCUCAGUCUGUUCAUUAUCUAUCUAUCUAUCUAUAUAUAUAUAUCUAUCUCAGUCUGUUCAUUAUCUAUCUAUCUAUCUAUCUAUCUAUCUAUCUAUCUAUCUAUCUAUAUCAGUCUGUUUAUUAUCUAUCUAUCUAUCUAUCUCAGUCUGUUCAUUAUCUAUCUAUCUAUAUAUAUAUAUCUAUCUCAUCAGCUCAUUAUCUAUCUAUCUAUCUAUCUAUCUAUCUAUCUAUCUAUCUAUCUAUCUAUCUAUCUCCAUAUCAAGCCUAA